AAAAAUUAGGUAGCAGCAAGCCGAGUUCACUUUCUAACCAGCAUGCAGGCAUUGCACUAAUCAAUCUAAUUUCUUUCAGUCCAUUUGACCAGUAGACAGACCUACGGAGCAGAGAGUUAUUGUGUGUGUGUCUGUAUGUAUUGUGAGUGUGUUAGUGGUUUUGAAUUUUAGGAAUGUCAUCAGAUGUCUGAGAUGAUUAGGUACAGAAUUAUUUAAACUGGGUAUCAUAAGUUGAAUUAAUCCAUCUUUAAAGUAUUCAACAGAAUACAUAUUACCAGGUAACUUAAUUAAGAGUUGAUUAAGAUUUAUUUCAUCAGUUAACAGUUGCUGUGAUUGUAUGUUGAAGGUGUAAUGAUCUGUUGUUGUGUUGAGGUGCUCAGUUAAAGAGUUGUAUACUCAGUUGUUGGGUUGUAGUUGUGAAUAUUUAUUUUAUAUCAGUUCAGUGUACAGAAGUGUUCAGUUGGUGUAAAUAUUUGUUAUAAAGUGACAGCAGUUGUUUGUAGAAAUGUCUGAUCAAGAUAAACAAAAGGGUAGUGAGGAUGUGUCCUCAGCAGAGGAAAAGAAACUUGAUUUUGCUGGUGUUGCAACUAGUACCCCCCAAACCACAAAAGAAGGUAACCCUUCAAAAACCACAAAAGAUGGUAAAACUACAAAAACCACAAAAGAUGGUGACCCUAUAAAAACAUCAAAAGUCAGUGACCCUAUAAAAUCAGAGGUAUCUGUACCUUCGGAUCAGAGUGCAAAACCAAAGGUAUCUGUACCUGAUUACAAUGCACCGGCUUUGAAUCAGGGACAGAAACCCAAUCCUUUUGCAAAGUUAGCAUGUAACUUUGGUGAUGCUAGUACCAGCAACAGCAAACUUCAGAAUACCUUUUAUGACAAGGAUGGUAAUAGCAUUAAUCAGGUGUAUGAAUUUAAUACAAACAUCCCAAGAAUCCCACAAUUCUCGGGGGAUGACCCUCCUCAAAAAGGGGAUGUAUCAUACAAGGAGUGGAGAUUCGAAGUGCAGUGCCUGAUGCGUGACCCUGAUGUUAAAUCAAAUAUUCUGAUACAAAGUAUUAGACGGUCAUUGAGGGGUACAGCAAAAACAAUGUUGAUUCCGUUAGGUAAGAAAGCAGGUGUUAAGCAAAUUUUAGAUAAACUUGACAUUUUGUUUGGUGAAAUUUCCAACAAUGGCAUGAUUAUGCAAGAAUUUUUCAAUGCUUUCCAACUACCGGGUGAGUGCGUAACAUCAUUUGGUUGUAGACUGGAAAAGAUGUUACAAAAUGCUAUCGAUAGUGGGUAUCUUGAUCGUGCAUCUAAGAAUGACUUGUUAAGACAUAAGUUUUGGACUUCAUUGAGUUCAGAGAAGCUUAAGGCUCAAACGAGACAUAAAUAUGAUGAUAUCAAGAGUUAUGACAGGUUGUUGUUAGAGAUUAGAAGGGUAGAAAAAGAAAUCUUGAUAAGUUCUAGCAUUUCAGAGAAAAAGCCAGUUCAUCAGCAUGGAAUGUCAGUAUCUGAAUACUUAGAGGAGAAGUUAAUGGAGAAGAUGAGAAACAUGGAAACAAAAUUAGAAGGUAAGAUAAAUGACAAGUUCAACCAGAUACUAGAGAAAUUGGAUGGUAGAACUAGUAAUGUAUCAGAUAGAGCUAAUGAAAACAGAGGUAGGGGUGGUUACUACAGAGAACGUGGAGCUUGGCGAGGCAACUCUAAUCAAUAUCGAGGUAAUUCCAAUGACAGAAGGUUGAAUGCAGGUCGAGGUCAAGGUCAGAGACGGGGUCAAGGAGGAAAUACAGGUAAUUAUAACCCAAACGCCCAGAGGUCUCUGAUGAAGGCCGACCGGGGACCAGGAUUUCAUGUGAAGGCCAGCAGUUAAAAUGCAAAAUGAUUGGUGAGUCAAAUGAGACUAUUGUUUUUAUGAAUGAUAAUUCUUUUACAGGUCUUGUUGACAGUGGAUCAAUGGUAACAACAUUGUCAUUUUCAGGUUACAAUUCCAUGACAAAUCAACCAGA